GCGCAAACGCAAACCAAACCCCGAAACCCCAACGAGGCGGAAGGCGAACGCGAAACCCCACCCCCACCCCACCACCACCCCUCGGCGGCGGCCGCGGCAACGGCGAGGGCGGGCACAACGGCGGCGGCGGCGGCGACGACGACGCUGAUGGAGUCCCUGGAGGCCCUCGUGGCGCACAUCCAGGGGCUCUCCGGCAGCCCCGAGGAGGUGGCCCACCUCCACAGCCUCCUCAAGCAGGCGGACGGCGACUCCCUGCGCUCCCACGCCGCCGCGCUCGUCCCCUUCCUCACGCACCUCAGCCCCGAGGCCCACUCCCUCGGCUACCUCUACCUCCUGGAGGCGUGCGCGACCUCGGGAGCCAAUCUCGGCGCGGACUUCCUCGUCACCGUGGCCGAUUUCCUCACCGCGUGCUCGGCGGACCAGAUACGCCUGGCGCCCGACAAAUUCCUGAAUGUGUGCAGGGUGUUCAAGGAUCAGGUCAUGCUGCUCAACACCCCGAUCAGGGGGAUCGCCCCACUGCGUGCGGCAGUCCGUAAGAUCCAGGCUUCGCCCGAGCAGCUGACCCCGGUCCACGCCGAGUACCUUCUCCUGUGCCUGCUGGCGAAGCAGUACAAGGCUGGCCUGAGCGUCCUGGAGGAUGACAUAUUCGAAGUCGAUCAGCCAAAGGACCUGUUCCUCUACUGCUACUACGGAGGGAUGAUAUACAUUGGGCUCAAGAAGUUUCCUAAAGCUUCGGAGCUUCUUCACAAUGCUGUUACUGCCCCAAUGUCAUCGUUGAAUGCGAUUGCUGUGGAAGCCUACAAGAAGUACAUCCUUGUUUCGCUCAUUCAGAAUGGACAGGUCCCAUCAUUUCCGAAGUAUACAUCUGCCACUGCUCAAAGAAAUAUGAAAAAUCAUGCCCAGAUUUAUGUUGAGCUUUCUACAUGCUAUGGCAACGGUCGCUACACUGACUUAGAGACAUUUGUCGAAUCAAAUGCAGCAGUGUUUCAAUCCGACAACAACCUAGGGUUGGCGAAGCAAGUGCUCUCCUCGAUGUACAAACGAAACAUCCAAAGGCUGACCCAGACCUACUUAACUCUGUCACUUGAAGAUAUUGCUAGAUCUGUUCAACUUGACACACCAAGGGAUGCUGAAAUGCAUGUACUUCGCAUGAUUGAAGAUGGAGAGAUCCAUGCAACCAUAAACCAGAAGGAUGGCAUGGUCAGCUUUCAUGAAGAUCCUGAACAAUAUAAAAGUGUUGAGAUGGUGGAGCAUAUCGACACUUCUAUUCAGAGGUUGACGGCUUUGUCCAAGAAGUUGGCUUCAAUUGAUGAGAACAUGGCUUGCGAUCCUGCAUAUUUACUCAAGGUUGAUGUGAAAGAUACAGGUGACUCAUGGGAGCAGCAUUUUGACAAAAUUUCUGUCGAGGAGAGGAGCAAAUUUGAUGAAGAAACCCUCUACAACCUGGAAGGAAUCAAGAAAAAGAAAAGUUACUCUAGAAAACCAGAUGGCUUCAGAAAUGAGUACAUAGUGUUAACCAUUCUGGUUGCUGCCGAUGGAGCACUGAAGUUCCCUCAAGUCAGAAACUAUGCAGAUCUGGAAGCAGUUGUGGAAAAGCUCAACUCUAUACCCGCAAGGCAAAUUCAGGGUAUUCAAGUUCUAUGGACUCCCCAAGAAGAGAACGACAUUGUUUCAGAAGAGAAGCUGCUAGAGGAUUAUCCUUAUCUGAAGGCCUUGUGUGAUGAUUAGGACGGUUUUUCAUUCAUGUUCUUGGAUCUCAACGAGCAAGCAAGUUUAGAUUCCGGUGGCUGGUGAUUAUUUUGCACCGAUCAUAUCUUAAAAUACGCUGACAAUCGACCACAGUCCACAGUCCUCUGCGCGUCACAGUCCUGCCGCCACACAAGUCCCCUGCGCUCAUCUUCACCCGUCUGGCUCCACCACCGCCCUCUGCCACUGCCAGUUCUCCAUAGCUCGUGGCGUCUUACCGCAUCCCCUUUUGUCGAGGUUUGAGAUUAGCCAUGGAAUUCAAUUUUGACUGUAUUUACAGAUGUCAAGGAAGGUUCAUCUUAGGGUUCAUACUCCAUUUUGGUGAUGGAAUUACCCUAUGGCAUAUGUAAAAAGAAAAGACGAGCAUAGGUACACGAUAUUACAAUUGUGGCUAUUAUGAUAAAAAUCUUGCUUCAUUUGCUCUA